CCCCGCAAGCACCACGGCACCCGUAUAUAUACCUCGCUAUGUCCAGCCAAAGCAGUUGGUGAGCGGUAAACCCAUAGACCGAUCGAGGCACGCGAACGCGCAUGGCGAGGCCGGCGUGGAGCUCGCUCUUCGGGUGCUUCAGCUCCCACGGCGGCCGCGGCAGGAAGAAGAAGGGCGGCGGCAAGAAAAAGAAGGUGGCCGCGGCGGCGGGGAGCGGCAGCGGCAAGCCGCGGUCGUUGCAGAGCCGGAUGUCGUUCUCGGAGCUGAGCGGGAUGGUGUCGCCGGAGGACCUGUCGCUGUCGCUGGCCGGGUCCAACAUGCACGUCUUCACCAUCGCCGAGCUGCGCGCCGUCACCAGGGACUUCUCCAUGACCAACUUCAUCGGCGAGGGCGGCUUCGGCCCUGUCUACAAGGGCUACGUCGACGAGAAGGUCAAGCCCGGGCUGUGCGCGCAGCCCGUCGCCGUCAAGCUGCUCGAUCUCGAGGGCGGCCAAGGCCACAACGAAUGGCUGACCGAAGUCAUUUUUCUGGGGCAAUUGAGGCACCCUCACCUCGUCAAACUGAUCGGCUACUGCUACGAGGACGAGCACAGGCUUCUUGUCUACGAGUUCAUGACGAGGGGCAGCUUGGAGAAACAUCUCUUCAAAAAAUACGCGGCGUCGAUGCCAUGGUCAACACGGUUGAAGAUCGCCAUUGGUGCUGCCAAAGGGUUGGCCUUCCUCCAUGAAGCCGAGAAGCCGGUCAUCUAUCGGGACUUCAAGACCUCCAACAUCUUGCUGGACUCGGAUUACAAGGCCAAGUUGUCAGAUUUCGGGCUAGCCAAGGACGGGCCAGAGGAAGACGAGACGCACGUCUCGACGCGAGUCAUGGGCACGCAGGGCUACGCCGCACCGGAGUACAUCAUGACUGGCACGCCACUUGACGGCGAAGAGCGACGUGUACGGCUUCGGCGUGGUGCUGCUGGAGCUGCUGACGGGGCGCAAGUCGGUGGACAAGACCCGGCCGCCGCGGGAGCAGAACCUGGUGGAGUGGGCGCGGCCGUACCUGACGGACGCGCGCAGGCUGGACCGCGUCAUGGACCCAAACCUGGCGGGGCAGUACUCGAGCCGGGCCGCGCGCGAGGCCGCGGCGGUGGCGCACCAGUGCGUCAGCCUCAACCCCAAGUCCCGCCCGCACAUGUCCGCCGUCGUCGAGGCGCUGGAGCCGCUCCUGGCGCUCGACGACGGCAUCGUCGGGCCCUUCGUCUACGUCGUGCCGCCCGACGACGGCGACGAAGGCAAGGGAGGCUCCGGCAGAAGAGGCCGGAGGAGGUCUGAAGGCGCGGCGGAGCCGGCCGCCGCCGUGCGGCCGGAGUGAUGUACCUGUGACACGUUUGCUUGGUGCUAACGACUGGGCUAUCGAUCCAACAGCUAGCCGGUGAAAUGGUUGUGAAAUUGAAGCAGGUUGCGUUUGACAUCAAAUGGGAAGAGGUUUUAAAGCUUGUAAAUAGGAGCAUCUCGCCCGUACAUGAGCGUGUACACCAGUUUGUUAUUUUACGUUUACUGGCAAGUAGAGUAUUUGCAUAUGUAGUAUACAUCACAAGUUUGCAACCCAGAUUCUCAAAUCUGCAUGAAAAUUGGAGGAGAAACUGGACUUAGUUUGCAUUUCUGAUGUAACUGGAACCACAUUUGUAGAGUCGAGACCAACUCCGACUGGAAUGUCGUGGCAGGUUCCUCAACAUGCAUGACACGGGCUGAAGGCUGCUAGUAUAUUUCUUCUCGCUAUGUCUGUCAACAAUGAAAUGUAAAUCCCAGUCUUUUCAUUCAA